AUUUUUAGGCACUAUAAAAGGUGGGGAGGGAGCACAAACGUUCUGUCUCAAACUGCUCACAGCAGGUUUGAGAAAAAGUCACACAACUCUAUUCCGUCCAUCUAAAGUGUGGCAAGAUGAAUUUGCUCUUCACUGUUGUAGUCUCUGGACUUAUUUCACUUUCAUUUGCUGCUCAAGGUCCUAUCAAGUGGUGUAUCAUUAGUGAUGCAGAACUCUUAAAAUGCAACAAAUUGAAAAAAGCAAUGGAAACAGAAAGUUUCUCAUUUGAAUGUGUAAUGAAGAAACAUGUUAAAGAGUGUAUGACAGCCAUCAAGAAUAAUGCGGCAGAUGCUAUAACAGUGGAUGGUGGAGAUAUUUAUGAAGGAGGUCUCUUGUCUCAUGGACGCCUAAAGCCAAUUGCAGCUGAACAAACUACAGGGCAGACAUGUUACUAUGCUGUAGCAGUGGUAAAAUCAAACAGCUCGUUUAAUUUCAAUCAGUUGGAAGGCAAGAAAUCCUGCCACACUGGUCUAGGGAAAUCUGCUGGUUGGACCAUCCCAAUUGGAACUCUUCUGAGCAAAUAUCCAGGAAAAUGGAAUAGAGAAGAUAAGAUUGAAAAAUUUGCGUCAGACUUUUUUUCUUCCAGUUGUGUUCCUGGUGCAGAUAAAAAUCAAUACCCGAAGCUGUGUCAGAACUGCAAAGGAAGUAAAGAUUCUAAAUGCAAGCGAUCACACGAUGAACCCUACUAUGACUACUCAGGAGCUUUCAACUGCUUGGCAGAAGGUGCUGGAGAUGUGGCCUUUGUGAAACACACCACAGUCCCGGCUGAUCAGAAGCAAAACUACAAACUUCUUUGCAAGGAUGGUACCAAAAAGAACAUUGAUGAAUACAAGAGCUGUUACUUGGCAAGAGUUCCCGCUCACGCAGUGAUGGUGAGAAGUCAGCCAGUUGACGAUGCCAAGAAUGAAAUUAUCUGGAAAUUCCUCUCAAGAGCUCAGGAAAGAUUUGGGCAAAGUAGUACUGAAAGUUUUAAGCUCUUCAAGUCAGGAGCAAAACAGAAGGAUUUGAUGUUUAAAGAUUCAACACAAAAACUGGUUCACCUCCCUAGUGGAAUGGACUAUCAGAAUUAUCUGGGCCCUGGCUACAUCACUGCUAUGAAGGCUAUCAGGAAAGAGAGCAGUGUUUCGGCUGGUCGCAAAAUUCGUUGGUGCGCAAUUGGUGAAGCGGAAAAAAAAAAAUGUGAUGAAUGGUUCUGGGCAGUCAAUUGUGUGUUAGGUACCAGUGCAGAGGACUGCAUCCAGCAGAUCAUGUUCGGCACCGCUGAUGCAAUUACUCUCGAUGGUGGCCAAAUUUACCUUGCAGAAAAGUGCGGUCUUGUUGCAGUUAUGUCUGAAUAUUACAACAAAAACAAUCAUGGGGCAUGCGACCGUGUAGCAAAUGCAGCAAAUCUACCCUCUUACUAUGCCGUGGCCGUCGUGAAGGAUUCGAGCCUAACCUGGGAAAAACUGAAGGGAAAGAAGUCGUGCCACACAGCCAUUGGGCGCACUGCAGGCUGGAACGUGCCCAUUGGAACCCUGGUUAAAGAGGGAAAGAUCAAAGCUUGUGACAUUUAUAAUUCAUCAUAUUUCAGUGCAAGCUGUGCUCCGGGAGCGGAUACGUCUAAUCCCAGACUGUGUUCCCUGUGCAUUGGUAAGAAAACACCAACAGGAACACCACAAGAUGUAUGUGUAGCCAACACCAAUGAACGCUACUUCAGUUACAGUGGAGCCUUCAGGUGCCUUGUGGAUGUUGGCGAUGUUGCUUUCGUUAAGCAUACAACUGUGCCAGAGAAUACUGACGGGAAUGGAAAGCUAGAUUGGAAUCGGAAUCUGACGUCUGGCAAUUAUCAUCUGUUGUGCCCAAAUAACAAAGUAGUCAGUAUCGACAAGUACAUGGAUUGCCACUUGGCCAAAGUCCCAGCACACGCUGUUGUGACUCGACCAGACAAGAGGACGGAAGUUGUUGAAUUGCUAAAAAGAGAACAGUCGAAACAUGGUUUGAAUGGGUCCGAGAAGACAAAAUUUGAGAUGUUCAGCUCUGCAAAGCAUGGAAAGGACCUGGUUUUUAAGGAUUCUACACAGUGCCUCAUUGAAAUCCCCAAAUCAAUGCAAUCAGGUCAAAGUUUUCUGGACAAUGACUACGUGACUUCCGUUGAAGCACUGAAUAAAUGCAAACCUCCAGCCCUUUUAGUUGCGGAAAACCAAAUGAUCACCUGGUGUACAAUCUCCACAGCGGAAUUAUCGAAAUGUACUGAUUUGAAAAAUGCGAUGGAAGAUAACUUUAAAUGUAUAAUGAAAGACUCGGUUGAAGCUUGUUUUUCAGCUAUUAAGACUGGAAAUGCAGAUGCCAUAACUGUUGACGGGGGAGAUAUAUAUAAGGGUGGUCUUUUGCCGUAUCCACGUCUUAAGCCGAUCGUAGCUGAACAUACUCCAGGAGGAUCCUGUUACUAUGCUGUUGCAGUGGUGAAGACUGGAAGCAACUUCCAGUUCCAACAACUAUCGGGCAAAAAAUCUUGCCACACGGGCCUGGGCAAAUCAGCUGGCUGGAUUAUCCCAGUAGGAACUAUUUUGAAAUACAACCUAACAUCUUGGGAUGGAGUUAGCCCCAUUGAACAAGUUGUGGCUGAUUUCUUCUCCGCCAGCUGUGUUCCAGGUGCCAAUGCAACUUGCCCUAAACUCUGUAAGCAGUGUAAUGGAACAGCUGAGAACCACUGCAAGCGAUCACAUGAGGAACCUUACUACGAUUAUUCUGGAGCCUUUCAAUGUUUGAAGGACGGUAAAGGAGAUGUGGCCUUUGUGAAACACAGCACAGUGCCAGCUGCUGAGAGGAGUGACUAUGAGCUCCUGUGUCUAGAUGGCACCAGGAAGCCUGUUAUGAGCUACAAGAAUUGUCACUGGGCUAAAGUGCCAGCUCACGCAGUGGUGGCGAGAAGUGGUGAUACUGAGAAAGCGAAGAAUGAGGCCAUCUGGAACUUCCUAUCGAAAGCUCAGGAAUUAUUUGGGCAUAAGACGAAUUCAUCAUUCAAACUCUUCAAUUCCUCAAAAUAUGGGCAGAAGGACUUGAUGUUCAAAGACUCAACACAUGAAUUGGUUCACCUUCCCAGUGGAAUGGAUUUCUUUAUUUAUCUUGGCAGUGAUUAUGUGCAUGCUAUACAGAUCCUUGAAACCACGAACAGCAGUAUUUUGAAUAUUGGAAAGAUCCGAUGGUGUGCUAUUGGCGAUCUUGAAAAGCUGAAGUGCGAGAGUUGGGGAUCAGUACAUUGUGUGAAAGGCGAAAAUGCUGAAGACUGCAUAAGACAGAUCAAGUAUGGAGAUGCUGAUGCAGCAAGCUUUGAUGGAGGAGAGGUAUACAUUGGAGGAAAGUGUGGCCUCGUUCCAGUUAUGGCAGAGUAUUAUGACAAAACUAAUCCUGAUUCAUGCAAACCCACAGCAGUCAACACUAAGAUACCCUCUUACUAUGCGGUGGCCGUCGUGAAGGAUUCAAACCUGACCUGGAAGAACCUGGAGGGGAAGAAGUCGUGUCACACGGGAGUCGAACGCACUGCAGGCUGGAACGUGCCCAUGGGAACCCUGGUUGGAGAAGGAAAGAUCAAUGCAUGUGACAUUUAUAAUUCCACAUAUUUCAAUGAGAGCUGUGCCCCGGGAGCCAAUGCUGCCCUGUAUCCUAGGCUCUGCUCCUUGUGCAUUGGCAAUGAGAUGUCGAUGGAUAAGUGUGCAGCCAACAACGAUGAGAGAUACUUUGGCUACAGUGGAGCCUUCAGAUGCCUGGUUGAAUCGGGUGACGUUGCUUUCAUUAAGCACACAACCGUGCCAGAUAACACUGAUGGGAAUGGAACGAUGGACUGGAACAAGAAUUUAACCUCUGAUAGCUACCACUUGUUGUGCAAAAAUGGGACGAUAGCCUCUGUUGAUCAGUUCCUGGACUGUCACUUGGCUGAUGUUCCAGCACAUGCCGUUAUGACACGACCUGAUAAGAAGUUUGCAGUGCUAAAGCUGCUGAAAAAUGAACAGUUGAAGCAUGGUCGCAAUGGAUCCAUGCAGGACAAAUUUCAGAUGUUUAGCUCAUCAACAUUUUCAGGAAAAAACCUACUUUUUAAGGAUUCCACUCAGUGUCUCAUUGAAAUCCCCCAAACUAAUUACGAAUACUUUCUGGGUGUUCACUACAUCAAUAUUGUGGAAGGACUCCACGCUUGUAAAUCUCCUGAUCUCCUUGAAGCAUGUGCCUUUAAAAAGUGCUGAUGACUUGACCUACAGUUUCAUCUCAUGACCUGGAAUUCUCCUGCUCCCCAUUGGAUGCCUGCUCGAGUACAACAUCCAUUGCACAUUUAUCUAAUUAAUCUCUAGCAUUUCAUAGAUGACCUGCAAAAUGGUGAGCUAUAUAUCACACUGCUUUGGUACAAAAUAUAUAUCUUUCUGCAAAAUGUAAUAAACUAUAAUGAAUACACUCAUAUCUGCUGUGCUGUUUUACAAAUGUAAUGGGGCACUUUUCAAAAAAUAAUUCUUUCCAGUAUGUUACUCACUGCUUCUGCACAGCGAUGCAGCUCCACAAGUAACAGAUAGUAGAUGUUUUAUUGCUCAAGUGACAGCAUGCAAUUCCAGUCAAUGAAAGUGACCAUAGAAAACAAUAAUCAAAAUAGAAGCAUUUCAAGUCCUUCCCCUGUCCUUUUAUUCAGCAUGCCAAAUUAUCGAAUUUCAAUAGGAAGUAGCAAAGAAUUUUCACCAUCAUGAAUCUCUAUAAAUGUAGUUUGCCCAUUUCCCCUUUAUGACUCACAUUGCUAAGCUGCUUGAAACUCUUCUUAGAAGACAUGUAUCCAGAAUGCCAAAGCAAGCCUUACUGAUGUGUUUUAUCAUCUGUUUUCCUAACUUUCCCGUAUGUGGUCCAGCUUCCAGUCACUAAUCAAUUGUAUUUUAUUUGGUUUCUGGCGGAUUGAUUUACUCUAUCCACCAUGUCUACACAACUGCUGUAUGGCAAGAAAAGGAAUUAAAUUGUUCGGGCUUACUAAUUAUUUUCAAUAACAGAACAGUUUAUUCCCAAGAUGCAGUAACUGCAAAUAUUUCUUAUUUUUGCCUAGAAGGUACCAUCUUUCUGUAAUUGGAAUGCAAGUACCUAGUUAUAAUUUACCAUUUUUUUGUCUUCCAUUUUCAACACUAGUUUGUGGCUCAAGUUCAUAUUCUAAGGGUGGUGGGAACAAACUGCUAGAGGAGGUAGUUGAGGCAGGGACUAUCCCAACAUUUAAGAAACAGUUAGACAGGUACAUGGAUAGGACAGGUUUGGAGGGAUAUGGAUCAAACGUGAGCAGAUGGGACUAAUGUAGCUAGGACAUGUUGGCUGGUGUGAGCAAGUUGGGCCGAAGGACCUGUUUCCACAUUGUAUCCCACUAUGACUCUAUGAUUACAACAAAUAAAAAUGCUUAUUGCUAACUAACUCUUUA